AUGGCCGAGAUGGAAGAGAAGCCCCCCUAUCUCAGCGUCAAAGGGGCCAAGUAUGCCCUCGGUACCCACAGAGGGCCGUUGCCCUCUGGCCAAGGCGAUGGCGGCGAGGUCGAACAAGUCGAGACGGCAUUGUCGCUGGAAAAAAGGCAGAGGACAAGGACAGAGGCCAUGAGGCGCCAUUGGGCACGCUUCUGGUGUUGCUACAUCUUUUUCUCGAUCAUUUUCCUAGCCAUUAUCCUCCCGGUUUUCUUCCUGGUCAUUCUUCCCGCAGUGUCCCAAAGAGUCGUCGAUAACUCCGAUCUGGUUCUCGUCGAAGCGAGUGUCAUGGAACCUCGGCCCGAUUCGGUCAUCCUCACCAUGAAAUCUGCACUCAAACUGCCCAUUGGUGUUCCAGUGCGAAUUGAUCCCAUUACCUUAGAUCUUUUCAACCCAGACCAUCCUGGAAACACUACCUGGGCCAAGAUCUAUAUCAAUGGGACAGUCAUCCAAGGCAACACCACCUUGGGAGUCACCAAUCAAUUCACACCUCUCAAUGCUGAUGAGUGGGCUCAUUAUGUGGACAAUGUGGUAAAUAUGGAGCAUGCUCCGUUAUGCCUGCGAGGGAGCACCAUGUCAUAUUUGGGCCAACUGAAGUCUCCCGUCACAAUGGACAAAACUAUCAAGCAGAACACCCUAAACGGUUUUGCCGGCUUUGCUAUUGAAGGUUCUCAGCUACUUCUUCCUCCUGAAUCAGACGGAACGAACCUGAUCGCCAAUGCCACCCUGCCUAACCCCUCAGUCAUGACUCUGGAGAUUGGCACCACCGUUCUAGACCUCAAGAGCGGAGAUAUUGUCAUUGGCACCGCCACCAUCGACAACCUCGUUCUCAGACCUGGCAACCACUCCAACCCAGUUCGCGGAAAACUCGACCUGGGAGCCGUGCUCAAGAAUCUCGGACCGGUCCUGCAGAGCCAGAAGGACUCUCUUCGUAAUGGAUACCUGAGUCUCGACACCGUCGGCAAAUCGGUUGUCUAUGAUGGCGUCGAAGUACCAUACUACACGAACGUGAUGAAGAACCUAACGCUCACAGCAAAGAUCCCCAUCGGCGGACUGCUCGUCAACACCCUCCGAGGCCUUUUCAACAAAAAUGGAACAAAUAUUCUGCAGGGUCUAAACAUCGGCGAAUCAUCGUCGUCAGGGAGCAAUGGAGGCCUGCUUCAGGAACUGGGCAAUCUGAAUCUGAGCAGUCUUGUGGGCGAUCUCGGUGUUAAAUUAGGCCGUCGAUCACUGGCCGAGUUUCUGGAGCAACCUGAGGAGCGGUCAAUACUGGUCGACGUGCUCAAGGGGCUAUUAUGA